AUCUUCAACACUUUCUGUUCUUUCUGAUAUACACAUUUUCAAAAAAAAACAUAAUGGCUUCAACCUUGUUCUCUGCACCAACAUUCCAGGGACUGAGGCCACUCAACAAGCCCACUGAUUGCCGUCUCUUCGCUGCCGCCAAGACCUCGGUUCGAAUCUCCAACAAAACACAAAUCCGGCCCAUCAUCAAGGCAGAACUGAAUCCCUCUUUGGUAAUCAGCCUGAGCACCGGCCUAUCUCUCUUCCUUGGAAGAUUCGUCUUCUUCAACUUCCAGCGAGAAAAUGUAGCCAAACAGGUGCCUGAACAGAACGGUAUCACCCAUUUUGAAGCCGGCGAUGUCAGGGCAAAGGAAUACGUCAGUCUCCUUAAAUCCAAUGAUCCAAUUGGAUUCAACAUUGUUGAUGUUCUUGCUUGGGGAUCCAUUGGUCACAUUGUUGCUUACUACAUUCUUGCCACCUCCAGCAAUGGCUAUGAUCCAAGUUUUUUCGGCUAGAUCCAAAACUGUAAUCUUGUAUAGUUGUUGAAUUUGAAAAGGGGGGGAAGAAUCAGCUUUAAUUACUUGUGUACCACAAAUUGUUUGUUUAUCCAAAAAGAUAAUUCACAUUAAUAUUUCAUGUGGGUACAUCACCACC